AUGCGUAGGUCAAUCUGCGCAUUAAAUGCGCAAGCACGUCUCACAGGUCAUCAUUGCCCAGACUUGCGCGAGCCGUCGUUUCGUCCCGUCAAACGAAGCGAUGGCCUCUGGGCUUUCGACACGUCAUCGCACCCUUUGAGCACGCUUGUCAGGCCGUUACAUCUCUCGAGAGAGCCACGCCCUUUCGUUUCGAAUUCUAGUGCCAAUAUAAAAGCCUGUCCUUCUUCAUCCCCUCCUUACGCUUUCAAAACCUCCAGAUGCCCAAAUUCUGCCAAACCUUUCUCUCAAACCUUCAAUCCUUUCGAACUUACAUUUUAG